CUACCUUCCCAUAACAGCUAUCUGUAACAUCCAGUUCAGUAAAGGCUGCCACAGAACAAACGUGGUCAAAUAAUACUGGGAAACAAAGUUGCUUCUGAACCAUAGCAAUUCUCAGCAUCUUUUUUAUACUAUAGGCAUUGUGAAUCUCCAAGUUGUAUUCAGAAACUGCGGCCCAGAAGGGCAAAGCGACCGGUCCAAGGCCACACAGCAACUACAUACAACAAGGAAGAGAGAGAAGUAGAACCCCAGACGCCCAUUUCGGCCCUUCCAGUACAAACAAUGCCUCUGGUUACUUGGGUUCGCAGGUGUUGCCACCUCAAAUUUUAUUUUCAAUUUUAUUUUCAAAACUAAAGGAGCAGAGUCCUGAGCGCUGACCAGCAUGAGCAACAUUUACAUCCAGGAGCCUCCCACGAACGGGAAGGUUUUAUUGAAAACUACAGCUGGAGAUAUUGACAUAGAGUUGUGGUCAAAAGAAGCUCCUAAAGCUUGCAGAAAUUUCAUUCAGCUUUGUUUGGAAGCAUAUUAUGACAACACCAUAUUUCAUAGAGUUGUACCUGGUUUUAUAGUCCAAGGGGGAGAUCCUACUGGUACAGGGACUGGUGGAGAGUCUAUCUAUGGAGCCCCAUUCAAGGAUGAAUUCCACUCACGGUUGCGUUUUAAUCGGAGAGGACUGGUUGCCCUGGCAAAUGCUGGUCCUCAUGAUAAUGGCAGUCAGUUUUUCUUUACGCUGGGUCGAGCAGAUGAACUUAACAAUAAGCACACCAUCUUUGGAAAGGUUACAGGGGAUACAGUAUAUAACAUGCUGCGACUGACAGAAGUAGACAUUGAUGAUGAAGAAAGACCACGUAAUCCACACAAAAUAAAAUGUUGUGAGGUUUUGUUUAAUCCUUUUGAUGACAUCAUUCCAAGAGAAAUAAAAAAGCCAAAAAAAGAGAAACCAGAGGAGGAAGUAAAGAAAUUGAAACCCAGAGGCACAAAAAAUUUUAGUUUACUUUCAUUUGGAGAGGAAGCUGAGGAAGAAGAGGAGGAAGUAAAUCGAGUUAGUCAGAGCAUGAAGGGAAAAAGCAAAAGUAGUCAUGACUUGCUUAAGGAUGAUCCACAUCUCAGCUCUGUUCCAGCUGUUGAAAGUGAAAAAGGGGAUGCAGCGGGAGAUUCAGAUGAUGAUGGAGAAUAUGGAAGUGCAGAGCAUGAUGAAUAUGUUGAUGGUGAUGAAAAGGACCUGAUGAGAGAAAGAAUUGCAAAAAAGUUAAAAAAGGGCACAAGUGCAAAUGUUAAGACAGCUGGAGAGAGUGAAGUGGAGAAGAAAUCAGUUAGCCGCAGGGAAGAGCUCAGAAAAGAAGCAAGACAAUUAAAGCGGGAACUCUUAGCAGCAAAACAAAAGAAAGUGGAAAAUGCAGCAAAACAAGCAGAACAAAGAAGUGAAGAGGAAGAGGCUGCUCCAGAUGGUGCUGUUGCAGAAUACAGACGAGAAAAGCAAAAGUAUGAAGCUUUGAGGAAGCAGCAGGCAAAGAAGGGAACUUCCCGUGAAGACCAGACCCUUGCGCUGCUGAACCAGUUUAAAUCUAAACUCACUCAAGCAAUUGCUGAAACUCCUGAAAAUGACAUUUCUGAAACAGAAGUAGAAGAUGAUGAAGGAUGGAUGUCGCAUGUACUUCAGUUUGAGGAUAAAAGCAGAAAAGUGAAAGAUGCAAGCAUGCAAGAUUCAGACACGUUUGAAAUCUAUGAUCCUCGGAAUCCAGUGAAUAAAAGAAGAAGGGAAGAAAGCAAAAAGCUGAUGAGAGAGAAAAAAGAAAGAAGAUAAAAUGAGAGUAAUGAUAAACCAGAACUAGCUGGAAAUGUGCCUGCAAUAAAUGGCCUUAAAACAGCCAUUGUUCCCAACAGCAUCACUUAAGGGUGUGAAAAGAAGCAUUUUUGAACUUGUCUGGUUUUGAAAAAACAAUUAUCAUCUUGUUAUGUAAAUUGUGGAAUGAUGUAAGCAAAUGCUUUUGGUUACUGGUACAUGUUUUUUUCCCCCUAAUUGAGCUUUUAUAUUGCUAAAUCUGAAAUAAAGUCACUUUCCUUCUA